AUGUCUCUGCUACAACAGUUGAUUGCAUCCAUUCAACAAAAUGUGCAGAAAUACGAGGCUGCCAUAGCAGCAAGUGGACUGCCUCAACCUCAUCUGUGGGAGGCGGAGCCUUAUGCUUUAGAUGAUCCGGAGAAAGCAGCCAACGCGGAGGCAUAUCAAUACAUGAACAAAAUUCUUGCGGACACGCGCGCUAUUGAGGCAAUCGUGACUCCUUCGCGCUACAAGGUGAUUGACACUGCAUAUGGGGCAAUUCGGGGCGCGGCGGUAGAUACUGCUGCAACCUUAGGAGUCUCGGAUGCCAUAGAGAAACAUGGAGGCUCAGCGACACUCGAUCAACUAUCUCAGACGCUCAAUGUCAAUAAGAACAAGCUCGGAAGAUUGAUCAGACUUCUUGCGGCGGACUUCAUCUACACAGAGACAUCUCAUAACACUUUCGAGAAUACGAGACACAGCGUAGCUCUUCUCAAGAAAACCGGAGCAGAAUUCUUCCUGUCUCUGUCGGCCGAGGAAAACGCCAUUGCUGCCACAGGAUUAUACAAGGACCUGACCGCCCCUGACACUCGGGAUUCAUUCGACGCGGCAAAAAGCGCCUUUAGCCGAGUAUACCUCCACAAAGAUCAGAGCUUCCUGGAAUAUAUGAUGUCUCCCGAUGGUGCGGCUAUAGCGGCCAAGGUUGGAGCUGGUGUUGUUCCGUGGCUGAAUAGGGUCACGCGAGGAGGAUUGUUACACGAUUAUCCAUGGAAAGACCUGUCAGGUAUCACUGUGGUAGAUGUCGGCGCUGCACCUGGAGAUAGUGGAUACGACGUUUUGCGCUUGAACCACAACAUCAAGUGGAUUUUCCAGGAUCUCGCGGCUGGGAUUGGCAUGCUAAAAGCGACCAUUCCCGAAGAUAUGCAAGGAAGAGUCCAGAGUGGGCAGAUAAGCUUUGUCAUCCAGGAUUGGUAUGAAGCGAACCAAAGUCAGGGAGAGCUGUGGUACCUCAGAGGUGUGCUCCGCGAGUUGGACGAUGAUAAAGCUUUGAUCGUUCUGAAGAGGUGCGCUGAAGGCUUGAGAAAGACUCCGGGUGCGAAGCUUGUCAUCAACGAAAUCCUCUGCACAUGCCCCUACUACAAGCCCUCCGCCCAGGGAAGCCCUGCUGUUCCUUCAGUAUCCAUUCCAUCUCCUCAAACCCCUCUGUCGGAUUCUGGAAAUUUGAUGUCAACUAGCGCUGUUCUCUUUUUCGGUGGCAAGGAGAGAUCGUUCGAGGAGAUGGAAGGUCUCCUCAAUCAAGCUGGAUUGCAGAUCCAGAAGCUUUACGUUUUGAGGACAUUCACCUCUAUGCUUGAAUGUGUCUUGAAGAGCUGA